AUGGCUUUCCGGGAUGUGAAUGCAAGAAGACAUAUUGGACUUCAGCAACUCUCAUCCUUAGCGUUAGCUGGAAGAACAUUAUUGGGGCCAAUGAAAUCAUGUAAAUUCAUUGUGGAUGAAAGCACCAACCAAAGCACAUUGAUUGGUUCUGCUGUUAGACUGAUUGAAAGUUUGGAUUUAACUAGCGCUGCCGGACAGCUUCUUAAUGAAACCAUUCAGGCACAAAACAAAGAGUUUAAGACUGGGAUGAGUACCCUGUUGUUUCUCAUUGGUGCAUGGAGCAAUGCCGUACUGGAGUGUCUCCAGCAGAACGUUCCUGUUUCAGCAAUAGUAUCUGUGAUGUCUGAGGGCUUGAACUCUUGCUGUGAGAGAGUCCAGUGUCUUCAAAUACCAAUACACGAUGUAAAUAAAGAGCUAUGUUCUAGCAGUGUUAGGCCAAACACUUUUAAAAGUAAAACUUGCCAAAUUGGACACGACAGUCUUCUAAAUCCUCAGAUUUUCCUGUAUUUUCAGAAAGAUAUUUCUGCACCAGAAGAAGUAAUUCCAAUAAGUUCUUGUUCCUAUCAAGAAGAUGAUUGUAAUUCUAACAAGUGCCUGGUUUCACCUUUGGCUGGCUUUGGUUCAAUAGCUUCUCUUGUCAAACCAGCGGGUGACAAAAGUACAUCUGUGAUUUCUGGAAGUGGUGUUACCACAUCCCGCUGUAACAAGUUAACCCAUAGCAGAUACUUCAGCACUCUAGGAAAAAGCCAUUUUUCAAGUCAGCAAGGUAAUUUUCAGGGAUACCUUUCAGGACAAUCAGCAGAUCCAUGUGAAUGUUAUGGUUUAGGACACCUGGCAAUGGCUCUGAGCCAUGGAAAUCAGGCUAGUGUGAAACUGUUACAAAGCAUUGUUGCGUACCAGCAAGAGAGAGCAGAAUGCAGUGGCUCUUCCCAGUUUAAUAUUGCAGAAAUUGUGACGUGUUGUUUACUGGGCCUGCCUGAAAGCUAUUCUUGUGUCUCCCCAGGCUUUGUCACGUUAGUAUCAUCAGAGCAAGCCACAGUUAUCAAACACUUCAAAGACAAACCCCUUCGGAUUCUGCUAAUGGAUGGUGACCUAACUGAACAAUAUCGUCACUUAGGUUUUAAUAGACCGUGUAAUGUAAGGACCAUACUGGAGCAUCCUAGCCUGUGGGAAGGCAGAGCAGGGGACUUGUGGCUAAGCAGUAUGUUAGAUAUUCUGAUAAACUUUGAAGUAAACUUGGUUUUGGUCAAAGGAAAUGUGUGCAAAAACUUAAUGGAAAGAUGCAUAGCAAACAGUAUAUUGGUAAUUGGUUUUGUGACUCGGGAUGUGUUGCGUGCCUUUGGGGAGGUCACCAGCGCCCAGCCAGUGACAUACCUCACCCAACUGAAUGCAUCUUGUGUGGCAAGUGGAGCCCAGGUGGAGCUGUGGAAGGCCUGCGAUGGGCGUGCAAUGGAUCUGGGUGAGCUUGUGCCGGUCAGGAUAAAAGUACAAGGAAUUCCCCUGCUCACGGCCGUGCUUACCACCGCUGUAGCUUCGAAGAUGCAGCUCAUUGAAGACCAGUUCUGGACUUUAGUGUAUAGACUCCAUCAUGCUUUAAAUGACAAGAAUGUUUUUCUUGGUGGUGGUGCAGUGGAGCUCUUGUGCCUUAGUCACAUUCAGAUGCUUGCAGAACAGCCUUUACAGCCAGCAAAUAAAAAUGCUGUGAAAGAGUUUCACAAUCCUUGGCUGGCAGCAUCUGUGACAGAGUAUAAAUCAGUUGUGCUCCAAGCAUUAGCAAGCGGCUGGAAGCAGUAUCUUGCAGUGGUUAUGUGUAACACUGCAAAAGCUGCAUCGGAGUUGGAAGCGUGUACCACAGUUGAUCAUCACCUCAAAAAAGCAGCUGACUGUGGCUCUCCCUCAGCAUAUAUAUUGAAAGAGUUUAGAAGAGGUGAUCUGCUCAGGGGUGGUUCUGGUCCCUUCACUGACCACGGAGAGGGUUUAAAGGUUUAUGACAAUGUUACAGCCAAGACGGAGGCAUGGCGGAGAGCUCUAGACUUGGUGCUACUAGUGCUUCAGACAGAUGCUGAAAUUAUCACAGGUCCUAAAAGGAAUCAGCUAUUGAACUCACAUAUGUCAAGUGAGUUUAUGUUUUUAUAG